UGAUCUAAUCCGAACGGACCGGAGUGGGAUGGGAUGGGAUGGGAUGGGAUGGGUCAUGCUUUUUUGUGUUUUGUUUGGGGGCGUAUUUGGAGUUACUCUGAUUUUAUCUCAAUUUCUUUCAAUCUUUCAAUCUUUUCAUUUUUCCUUCAUUUUUCCUUUGGGUGUACCUAGGUGGACAGGACAGGACAGGACAGGUCGGACAUAUCGUCUAUUUAUUACUAUUACUAUUAUUAUUACUUUUAUUGGUGUGAAGUUUGAGCCAACCGCUGAGGCCUGUCUCAAUCGCAGUGUUUGGUUGUAGACAAAUGGUAAAAUGUUGGUAGUAUGUAGCAUAAAGA